AUCUCUUCCUUGCAAACGCGGGACGCCUCAAGGACCGGACUAGACCAUGGACCGCACCACCUGGCUGGACGGCCUGCGUGGCAUCGCGGCGGCAAUCGUCGCUACAGACCACUACUUCAUGGGCGGCGUCUUGGACGUUGCCUUUCGGUCGUACUGGGCCGAUCCGCCCGAGGAAAAUAGGAGGCUUCUUCAGCUGCCUCCUAUCCGUCUUGUGUUUGCUGCUCAUGCCAUGGUGCCGCUGUUUUUGGUCAUCUCCGGCUAUGCCAUAUCCAUCACGCUUCUCCGAGUGCGAAACACCAACAGUGUCGAAUUUCUGCGCCGUCUCUCUUCGGCAGCCACUCGCCGCAUCUUGCGCAUCUACCUGCCCGUCUUCUGCAUCACGGCAAUUUCGCAACUUCUCUUCUUUUGCAAUCUCUAUCAUUGGGAGUUUGGCGACGAUGUUGUCUGGGGCCGCAAGCCCUGGACUGCGCCCUGGUUGCACGUCACCUUUGUCUUUCGCUACAUGCUCGACAACAUAAACAUCCUGUCGUUCCAAGCCAACGGUGGUCUCAACGGCCAGCUCUGGACGAUGGCGCUUGAGUUCCGCGGCUCUUGUAUCGUCUAUCUUGUCAUACUAGCGUUGGCAUCCUGGCGGCCGCAGCCUCGACGUAUAGCCAUAGCUGUCCUGAUAGCAUACUGGUUCUAUUUUGGUCAGUGGGAUACCUUUGCCUUCUUGGCGGGUCUCUACCUGGCUGAGAUGCAGGUCUUGUCAGAGUCGGGGACCACCAACGAAGAGCCAAAGUUACCCCGUCACGUCAGGUUGUGUUUGCGGACAAACGCACGAUACGUCAACUUUAGCACCAUCAGAACGUACUUUUGCUUUAUUUUUGGAAUCUGGUUAGUCUGCCUCAGCGACGACGGCUUUUUACCACCUGGGUACCAAUUCUUGAAGUUCGUCGAAUCCUCACGCUGGGAAAACGACUGGGGAAUUCUGAGCAAGGCCUGGAAGACGGCUGGCUCAGUUCUCGUUGUCUACGGAAUCAGCAAGUCUGCCUAUCUCCAGCGCCGGCUGAAUUCUGCGCCGAUACAAUACCUAGGCAAGAUCUCCUUCUCGCUAUACUUGGUGCACCAAUCUAUCUACCACCUUAUUCGCGACCCCGUGAGGAACUUUAUGUGGUAUAUUGCCACUCGGGAAUCAUACCCUGGGCCAGAGGCCGUCAACCACACUGUCCCAUUUGCGUUUUCAUGGCUUAGCGCUUUUGCAAUCUUGACAGUGAUCAAUUUGUAUGCGGCGCACUUAUACACGAGGUUUAUCGACGAGCGAUGCGUCGAGUUGGCGAAGAAGUUUGACAGAUGGAUUACUCGGUUACCUUGAGUGAGGUGGUGAAUUAGAGGUUCCUUAUUUACGGCAUAGCUAGGUCUGAUCAAAACCAAUGCGGCUACAGGUAUUAUAGAAUAUGUUUAGGGGAUUCUGAACAAUGGCUCAAUCAAACUGACCGUAAGGUUUA